AUGCGCACCCUGCACCCCGCACGCCGCCCUACCCUGCAUCCCGCACGCCCUGCAGCCCGCGCGCUACCCUGCACUGCAGCCCGCACGCUCUGCAGCCCGCUCGCCCACACCUGCCUCGCGCUGGUGCCCUGCACGCAUGACUGCACUGCACUGCCCGCGUGCGAGCCCUACCCCGUGCGCCUGCCCUGCUUCGCACUGUUGCCCUGCACGCGCGGCUGCCCUGCCUUGCUCGCGCUGUUGCCCUGCACGCGCGGCUGCCCUGCCCUGCUCCGCGCUGUUGCCCUGCCCUGCUCCGCGCUGUUGCCCUCCACGAGCGGCUGCCCUGCCCUGCUCGCGCGGCUGCCCUGCCUUGCUCGUGCGGCUGCCCUGCCCUGCCUCGCGCUGUUGCCCUGCACGCACGGCUGCCAUGCCUUGCUCCGCGCUGUUGCCCUGCACACACGGCUGCCCUGCCCUGCUCCGCCCUGUUGCCGUGCACGCGCGGCUGCCCUACCCUACUCCGCGCUGUUGCCCUGCACGCGUGACUGCACUGCACUGCCCGCGCGCGUGAGCUCUGCCCCGUGCGCCUGCCCUGCUCCGCACUGUUUCCCUGCAUGCGCGCCUGCCCUGCCCUUGCUUCGCGCUGUUGCCCUGCACGCGCGGCUGCCCUGCCUUGCUCGCACUGUUGCCCUGCACGCGCGCCUGCCCUGCCCUGUUCCGCGCUGUUGCCCUGCCCUGCUCCGCGCUGUUGCCCUCCACGCGCAGCUGCUCUGCCCUGCUCGUGCGGCUGCCCUGCCCUGCUCGCGCGGCUGCCCUGCCCGCCUCGCGCUGUUGCCCUGCACGCGCGGCUGCCUUGCCUUGCUCCGCGCUGUUGCCCUGCACGCGCGGCUGCCCUGCCUUGCUCUGCGCUGUUGCCCUGCACGCGCGGCUAUUCUGCCCUACUCCGCGCUGUUGCCCUGCACGCGCGGCUGCCCUGCCCUGCUCCGCGCUGUUGCCCUGCACGCGUGCCUGCCCUGCCUUGCACGCGCGCCUUCCCUGCCCUGCUCUGCGCUGUUGCCCUACACGCGCGCCUGCCCUGCCCUGCUCCGCGCUGUUGCUCUGCACGCGCACCUGCCCUGCCUGCUCUGCGCUGUUGCCCUGCACGCGCGCAUGCGCUGCCCUGCUCCGCGCUGUUGCCCUGCACGCGCGCCUGCCCUGCCCUGCUCCGCGCUGUUGCCCUGCACGCGCGCUUGCCCUGCCCUGCACGCGCGCCUGCCCUGCCCUACUUUGCGCUGUUGCCCUGCACGCGCGCCUGCUCUGCCCUGCUCCGCGCUGUUGCCCUGCACGCACGCCUGCCCUGCCCUGCUCUGCGCUGUUGCCCUACACGCGCGCCUGCCCUGCCCUGCUCCGCGCUGUUGCCCUGCACGCGCGCCUGCCCUGCCUGCUCUGCGCUGUUGCCCUGCACGCGCGCCUGCGCUGCCCUGCUCUGCGCUGUUGCCCUGCACGCGCGCCUGCCCUGCCCUGCUCUACGCUGUUGCCCUGCACGCGCGCCUGCCCUGCCCUGCACGCGCGCCUGCCCUGCCCUGCUCUGCGCUGUUGCUCUGCACGCGCGCCCGCCCUGCCCUGCUCCGCGCUGUUGCCCUGCACGCGCGCCUGCCCUGCCCUGCUCUGCGCUGUUGCCCUGCACGCGCGCCUGCCUUGCCCUGCUCCGCGCUGUUGCCCUGCACGCGCGCCUGCCCUGCCCUGCUCCGCGGUGUUGCCCUGCAUGCGCGCCCGCCCUGCCCUGCUCUGCGCUGUUGCCCUGCACGCGCGCUUGCCCUGCCCUGCUCCGCGCUGUUGCCCUACACCCGCGCUUGCCCUGCCCUGCUCU